AUGCAUAAUGAUAAGAAAAUAAAAGAGAUUAAAGAUGGUUUGAGCAACUACCAAAUAAAACCAAUAACAAUAAUAAAAGGGAUAUCUGGAAUAGGAAAGUUGCAUUUGGCCAAGGCAAUUUUAGCAGAAUUCAAGUAUAAAAUUUUGGAGGUAGAUUCAGCAUUCAGAGAUAUCUGGAUGUUAAAUGAUGUGCAUCCUCUGAUGUAUUCUAUGUAAGAUCAACUGUCAAAAAUUGAUGAUUAACAAGUUAUAAUUUUAAAGGAAAUAAGUGGGAUUAGUAAUUUGAAUUCAUUAAGACAAUUGUAAUAAUAAUAUACAUACACAAAAUGCAAUAAACCAUUAGUAAUAAUUGUAAAUACAACAGUAUUAAAAGAUUAUGAACUGACGAAAAUGUUAUGUUAAGAAUUUAUAAAAAUAUAUUGCAAUGUUGUCUUGCUGAAAAGUCCAACCAACAAUAAGAUUGAAAAGUAUUUGCACAAUUGUUUUCCCAGAGUCAAUUCAAAUGUGUUACGUUAAAUAGCAGAAUUAUCCAAUGGAGAUAUUAGAAAUGCAUACAAUUAAGCAUAUAUAUUCUCAAUAAAUUACAGAGAAGAGACCUAAAGCAAAGAUUCUUAAUUAACAUUUUUUAAUACCGUGGGUAGAGUACUAUAUAACAAAAGAUUGGAUUAUUAUAAUACACCAAAACAAUUAACAUAUGAAGAAAUGAUAUCUAAACCUGAACCCAAAUAUUAUUUCGAUCCUUUUUAGCUGUUAGAAACGAUACAAGUGACCUAAUAGACGUAUAGAGGGUUUUUGUUUAUCAAUUCAUUGAAAUUCUUACACGACUUGAAAGAAAUGAAAUAGUUUUAUGAGAUUCAGAGUGAUGCGGAUGUAAUUGAAAAAGGAUUGUGCAGAUUCGAUAGAUAUUAAGGAGACAUCUUUAAUAAUCAAUAAUUAGUUAGUAUGGUUGUUACCUUGGGUUACAUGUAAACUAAUAAACACGUUAAACCUGCUAAAUCCAUGAUGCUCACAUUAAAUGGUCCAUAAGAUUAUUAAUUUAGAUAGGAGAGACUUCUAAAGUAAAAUGAAAUGAAACGAUUAAAGCCUUUCAAAGGUUAUUAAAAGGAACUUGUAUUAAGUAUUUUAUGUGGAAAACGUGUUUCUUUGCUCAAUUCUAAAAAUAGCUUCAUGUCAUAAGUUUCAGUUGAGGAUGAUCAAUAUGAUUAACAUUGGUUUGAAGAGGAUUAAUAAGAUCAAUAGAAAUUCUCUAAUAAAACAUUAAAUUCAAAAAAUAUAAAAAUUAGACGGAAUUAAGGAGAUCUGAUUUCUAGAAAUAAAAAUCAGAGAAUUGAUUGA